AUGUUUUUAAGGCAUGUAAAUAAGAUUAUAACUACAUUUAUUUUCAUAUGUAUAUUAUUUUAUCAUAUAUAUAGCAAAAGAAUUGUUAAGGCAGAAUGUAAAGGGGUAAGCAAUUUAAAAUGCUUUAAUAAUGGUAGUAAUACAGCAAAAAUAGCGUAUUUGAAUGAACUGAGGACAAGAAAUACAUUAAAAAAGCGAAAGGAAGGAAACAGGAGAUACAGAUUAUUUAGACGUAGGAUAGGUAAAAAGUUCGAAAUUGGAAAAUUAUUCUUCUUAACAAGUGGUAGUUCCCUUAAUAAACAUAUUAAUUAUAAACAUGAGAAAGAAAAAUUUUCUCUCUUUAAAAAAAAAAAAGAUAAAGAUGGGGCAUUAUCAAAUGUUAAGAAGAAAGCAAAAAAAGUAUUUACUGAAGAAGAAAUAGAAGAAUUACGAAAAAAAGCAAAAGAAAAAUUACAACCAAAAAAUAUAGAAGAAGAUGUUACAACAACAAAAGGGGGGAAGAAGCAAAAGAAGAAGAUGAUGAAGGAAAAAAAAAAAAAAUCUGAACAGACUAAAGACAUUGAUUUAAAAGAUGAAAAAGCGAAAAACGAUGAUGUAACUGAUUAUAUAAAAAGUAAAGAAGAUUUUGACAAAAUAGUAGAUUUAACAAAAGAUUUAAUAAAUGAAAAAGAAGUAGAAUAUAUACAAAAAAUAAGUAGUUGUGAUGAAGAAUUAUUAAAAUAUGAUAAAAGACAAAAACAUAUUAAAUUAAAUUAUGAAGAUACCAUUUUUGAUGAGGGUAAUUAUAUGGAAAAUUAUGUAAAUAAUAUAAGCAAAUUCCGUUUUGACAUAUACAAUAUACAUAAUAAAAAUGAGUUUGAUAGGAUAACCAAGUAUUUGAAUUAUCAAUACAUACAAGAAAUACAAGUAGACGUCCCUUCAGACAAGAGUUAUAACAUUGAAUUAAAAAAAUAUUUUUAUCAAGUGGUGUGUGAUUUGGUCAAUAAAAAUAAGGAAAGGUUUGAGGGCUACUUGGGUCGGAAACCGGGGGAGGACCAAAACGAAGCCAUACAAAGAAGAGAAGAUGAAGAUGAAGAUGAAUAUGACGAUGAAAACGAUGAUAGAGACGAUGAUGACAAAGUAAUGGACGAUGAUGACAAAGUAAUGGGCGAUGAUGAAAGAAAUGAUUCGGAGCAGGAGGAGGAAAGGGGGAAGACUAUUUUCCCGUCCAUCCAUAAGGGAAAAAUAAACUACAACAAGGAAGAAGGUAUAAAGAGCCAAACGUUGAGCAAUUUUAUAAACGAAAAUGAAAAACAAAAUAAAAAAAAAAUAUCUGUAAUGGAUAAAAUAGAAAAUAUGGCUAGUAUAAUUAAACCUACUGAUCAGGAUAUUAUGAACAAGUACAUGUCAAGUGAUUUAUAUAAUUUAUUAUGUGACAUUAAGGAAGAAUAUGAAUACAUGUUUGAUAAUGGAGGAAUUGCUAAAUUUGCAUUUGAUCAAAAUAGAAAAACUCAUAAGGAAAAAUUAAUUUUUUCGGGAAAAAAAAAAAGAGCUGUAGCUAUGGUUUUCUUACAAAAAGGAAAUAAUAAUUUAAUAAUAAAUAACAGGGAUGGAUAUCAGUAUUUGCAGUAUCAAAUUUUUAAUUUAAAUAAAAUAUUCAGUCCCUUGUUACAUUUAUGUAUGCACAGGUAUUUUAAUGUAGUAGCAAAAGUCGAAGGGGGAGGUUUAUCAGGACAGAGUGUAGCAAUAUUUCAUGCUCUAGUUAAAUAUAUCACGUAUAAUUUCUCCUUAAAAAUUAAACCGUACUUCCGCUCCUUUAAGUUUAUGACCGUUGACAGUAGAAAAGUUGAGCGGAAAAAGUACGGGCUCAAGAAAGCUCGAAAGAAGAAGCAGUACAGUAAGAGAUAA